GAAAAAUUAGAAUCGAUACAAUUUGAGUUCGAGAUUCAAACAACAAACAACAAACUACAAUUAACAAAGUUUACAAAUUUUCUUAUUAAAACACUUACCUAGUUUUCCUAUUUUUAAAGUGAUCAAAUCAAAUUCAUCAAAAUGAACAAACAAUUGUUUUUCUUCAUUUUCGUUUCAUCUCUUGUUCUCUUUGUUUCGUUGGUUCAAGCUGAAGAAGAAGAAGAGUUCGAAGAUUCUUUCGAUGGUCAACAAAGAGAAAGACGAGAUAUCUCAGCCGAUUUAGAAGGAGCCGAAUCAGCGGUUGGUGGUGCUGGAGGUGCUGGUCUUGCCGCUUUCAAGAAAGGUGCUGGUGGUGGCGGAGCUGCUGGAUAUCAAGCUGGUGGAGCAGGAAAAGCUGGUUAUGCUGCUGGAGCCAAGGGUGCCAAAGGUGGUGCUGCUUAUGGUGCCGCUGGAGCCGCAGGUGGUUCCAAGGGAGCUGCUGCCAAGGGUGGAUUCGCUUCUGGAGCUUUUGGUAAAAAGUAUGGAAAGAAAGGAGGAUUCGCUAAAGCCGGUGGUGCUGGAUACAAUAAGAAAAUGGGUCUUGUCAAGACAUUCGGAAUGAGCCAAGGAUUCAAAUUCGGUAAAGCCGCUGGUUAUGGUGCUGCUGGAGGUGCUGUCGGAGGCAAAGCUGCCAAAGGAGGCUAUGCUGGAGCAGCAGGAGCAGCUGGAUACAAGGGAGGUAAAACUGGUGGUGUUAAAGGUUAUGCCGCUGGAGCUAAAGGUGCAGCCGGAGGUAAAUCUGGAGUUGCUGGAGCUGGUGGAUUUAAGAAAGCCGCUGGUGCUGCAGGAGCUUCUGGUGGAGUUAAAGCUACAAUCGGAAAAGGUGGUUUUGGACUCGGUAGAUAAACAUCAAUAUAUAAUCUAAUUUCUUUCCUCUAAGUCAUAAGCAACAAAAAAUUUAUCUAAAGAAAAAGUCACCAAUCUAUUUGUAUGAUUAAUCAUUAAAAGUCAAUCGCUAUAAUAAA